CCAACGAAAUAUUUGGCACAACAAACGAAUCAUUCAUACGAGACAGUGCCUUUUCUGAAUAAAAAUAUCUUUUAUAGAGAGAAGUUUAUUAAGAAAUAUUUUCUCGUUAAGUUACAACAUUGCUUUCAUAUAAAUGUUAUUUCAUUUGAGAAAUUCUUUUUUUGUUUGUGAUUAUUGAAUAACUGAAACGACAGAUUACUAUUCAACGUUUUAUAUAAAAGGAACAUUUGCCAGGAGCAAAAUACGUAUGGGAGCAUCGAAUAACGAAAAAGGAGGGCAAAGAGGCUUUUCUGAUUAUUUUUUCCAACAUCAGUCGUGUUCGAUAUAAUUCUGAAACUAACGAGAUUAGUUACGCUGUAACUAUUAUAUCUGUAGUAAAGUUUAAAUUGUCAUUCUGAAAAAGAAUGAGCUUAAAUAGAAACAGGAACCUUUCUAUAUCUUCUUUCAAUCAAGUUAUUGUUGACUUUGGUUGAAUGUGUUUCAUUACACAUCUAUGAUCUUUGGAUUUUUGAAUAUUGCAGAAUUAGUGGAUGGAUACUUAGUUUGGAACCCAAAAUGUCAUAUGCUUUCGGAAAACCCUAUGGACCCAUCGAUAACUCAAUACAUAAAAAAACAAAAAUUUGAGCCAUGUUCUCAUGGUCCUCUCCUGAGCUUCAUUGAGAAAGAUGUAAAUGGAUCAUACGCUCUAGUCAUUGAUCAAAAAGUUGCCAAAAGCUACAAAAAAUUCGUCUGUUGCUGGUCUCCAAUCACACGGCCUGUCCCUAAAAAACCCCCUACAGGAGAGUGGGAUACAAAAAUUGACCUAGGAAAAUGUCAAGACUUCGACAAUCGCGUACAGCUACCACCUGAUAUAGAAACUGUCAUGCUCUCCUGCAGACCAAAAGGCACCUCAAAGAACAUCCGCAGUAAAUCUCACAUCCUCUACGAGAACAUCCACCCCAUUCUGAGCGCCGUAAAGGUUCAAAGCAGACUCAACAUCUCGGAAUCCUUUGAACAGGGUCAAACAAAUCAAACAAGGGUCAGAAGAAAAAUUAGCAUCCUAGUCCUAGGAAUAGACAGCGUUUCCCGCCUGAAUUUUCAGCGAAGCUUACCAAAGACCAGGCGUUACUUGACAGACACCGGUUGGAUCAACCUGCAAGGAUACAACAAAAUGGGAGACAACACAUUUCCAAAUUUGAUGGCGAUUCUCACCGGUCAAAAUAGCACGACGGCCUAUGCGAACUGCAAGCCAUUCCAAGCCUACGGUUUGGACAACUGCCCAUUUUUAUGGCAUAAUUUCAGAAACGCUGGAUACGUCACUGCUUAUGCUGAAGAUGUGGUCCCUCUGAGCACAUUUAACUACCUAAAAGUUGGAUUUGUUGAUCCCCCGACAGAUUAUUAUCUUAGGCCCUAUAUGAUAGCCACCGAGAAGCUCUUGAAAUCCAAAAAAAGAUUCAAUGCUAAAUACUGCACUGGACCUGAAUUAGUAGUCGACAGGAUCUUCGAUUCUGCAUUGAACUUUGCCAAGACAUUUCUUGGUUUUCCUUACUUCGGAUUCUUCUGGACAAAUACGGUCAGUCAUGAAGAUGUGAAUGGCCCAUCAUCUAUGGACGAUCACUUCUUGGAAAUGUUCGAAAAAUUUGAAAAAUCAGGAGUGACAAGUGAUACUUUGAUGGUGUUUCUGAGUGAUCACGGCAUGCGGUGGGGCGGGAUAAGAAAUACAUUUAUUGGCUGGUAUGAGGAGAGAUUGCCCUUUAUUUACUUGAAACCACCGGAGUGGAUGAAAGAAGAUGCCAGUGUAUUUCAAUCACUUAGAAUCAAUGAGCAUCGUCUGACUUCGCCUUAUGACCUUUAUGAGACAUUUCGCCAUGUCCUUAUCAAGUCUGGAGGUGAUGCUAAUGCCAGCAGUGGAUGUUCCACAUGCCAAAGUUUAUUAAAACCAGUGCCAAUUGAGAGAGGUUGUGCGGACGCCGGAGUUUCUCCUCACUGGUGCACUUGUACUGCCUUUAAGCCUGGGAAUACUGACGACGAAAUUGCUAAAGAAGGUGCUAAAGCAUUUCUCCAACAUGUGGAGAAGACUGUUAAAGAUUAUAGAGAUAAGAAGGGGAAAAGACUCUGCGCAAAGUUUAGGAUUAAGAAGAUUCAUAGAGUAGAUAAAAUUAUUGACCUGCAUAAUUUUUCAACUCAUUCUAUUACUGUUGAGGGGUAUUUUUACUUGAUUGAAGUGACUCCUGGAGGGGGCAAAUUUGAGACGACCAUUAGAGUCCAUGGAAAAGGAAAUUAUAGUGUUUCUGAUGAGGAGAUUAGUAGGAUUAAUUCGUAUGCUGAGAGUGCCAAAUGCCUCGACCACGGAUCCAAAAGGUUUUGCCAUUGCAUAAAAUAGGGAUGGAAGACGCUAUUCGACAGAGUCAGAGGUUGAGUCAACUACAAUUUCAAGUACCGAGCCAGAAACUGACAGAUUAAUCAACAGACCACUGAGGAGUUUUGUUGGAUCUACGUCCGUAUUGGAAGAAUAGUUAUUAAAUCAAGCUAGACAAUACAAUGAGUAAUUGCAAAUUAGUCUUAUAUUAAACGUUGAGUAUUCUUUUGUUGACAUAAUGAAGAAAUCGGUUAUUUCGGCUCGAGUGACAAUAUGUAUAUAAACUAUUAAAAUAUGUAUAUAAACUAUAAACUAUUGAAAUGGAUAUCAAACAAUGACUUGCCGAUAUUCACAAAACCAUCCCAUAUGUAGGAUUAUGUCUGAUUGAUUAAAUCGAAUUCUAAAAAAUGUUCCUGCCAAAAAACGGGAAAAUUGGAUGUUGUGAUUCAAUAUUGUGCAAUAUGCGAAAUAAUAGAUUAUUUUGUUAAAUGAGAUAUAAAAACAAGUUUGAAAUUGGAAAAUAUUCAAAAAUGGAGAAAUAUAACAAUAUUGAAAAUA